AUGAAGGCACAGCAUGGCUUCCUCUACCUCCUGGGUGCGAUGCUCUUUCUGUGCUCACUGCAUGCCCGAAGUCUCAAGAGAUGUCCCCUUUCCAUGGACACGAACACCGUGAAGAAGAGUUUCCAAGAAAUCAAAAGCACCAUUCCUGUAGACAUGUGCUGUGUGACCUGGGAGCUCCUGGAAUUCUACGUGAAGAGAGUGUUCCCCUUCCGUGAGGAGCUAGAUCUCCACAUCUCGAGAGAAGUCAGCAGCAUUUCCAACUCCUUCCUUCCCCUGCAGAGGACUGUGAAGCCCUGCAAGGAGCAGAAGCUGUGUCCUUGCAGCAAGGAAGCCACCAACGUGACCAGAACUAUCCACAGCAACUAUAAUCAGCUGGAGGUCCGAGCUGCGGCCAUCAAGUCCCUGGGAGAGCUGGAUGUCUUCCUCGCCUGGAUCGACAAGAAUUACCACCAAGAAACUUAA